AUGACUUGGCUCACCGCGCUGACGGGCUUCGCCGCCCCCUUUUUCAUCGUCAUGUCGCCCGUCAUUUCUUACGGCGACCAGAUCGUGUCCAUGCAUCGGAGCAAAUCAAGCGCGGGCUUUUCUCUCGACAUCCCCCUGAUCAUGCUGGUAGCUUCCCUAUUAAGAAUCUUUUACUGGCCCGGCGCUCGAUUUGACGCCAGCCUAUUGGUGCAAUCGUUACUUAUGGUCGUGGUACAGCUCAUCUUGCUCAAGACGGCCCUCGACCAUCGACCAUUGCCCGCUACUAAGGGAGGCGAAGGCAGCGCGCCGUUUUCUGGACUCGAAGCAGGCAGCUCUUUUGCCAUCCCGCGACCUUAUAACUUUUGGCAGUGGCGAUCACAUAAGCCAUAUUGGCACUUUCUUCUCUACCUCCUCGCGACUCUCAUCGUCUUGCAAGGCCUCCUUCGACCCAUGGCACCCAUCUACGACACGUAUUCCGUCCUGAUCGGAUACCUCGGCCUUUCCAUCGAGGCGACCUUGCCCAUCCCUCAGCUGGUUUCCAACGCCCAGUCGCAGUCAUGCAAAGGUUUCCGACUUUCCGUCCUCGCCAGCUGGAUUGGCGGCGAUGCCAUGAAGGUCUUUUGGUUCUUUACCUCUACGAGCGAGAUACCCGUGGCGUUCAAAGUGUGCGGCUGCUUCCAAGCCGCAUGCGACUGCCUCUUGGGCAUUCAAUACUUUGUCUAUGGUGCUGGAGACAACGACGUCGUCCUGAAGGAGCACGCUAUGGAAGAGGCUCACUGGGCGCGAAGUCAUCGCACUCCACGCCCAAAUGCGCGGAGCCUAUCGGUCACCAAGCGACCAGCCAUGUUCAGCGAAGCCGAGACGGAAUAG